AUGAGCGGUGCCCACCGCCACCUCGGACUGCUGCUCCUGGCCGAAGCAGUGCUGUGUGCUGCCACCACACGGUUUCAAGAUGUUGUGAGCCACGGAAGCACUUCUCCUGUCACAUCCUACAGGAAUAUAGAAGGCUGGUCUAGUGAUCAAAAUAAAUGGAAUGAAAAGCUUUAUCCUUUCUGGGAAGAAGGAGAUCCCAGAUGGAAGGACUGCUGGAAAGGAGGAAGGGUGACAGCCAAACUGGACACUGACAGCCCAGCACUGGUAGGAUCCAACGUGACUUUUGUUGUGACUCUCCAGUUUCCCAAGUGUCAGAAAGAAGAUAAUGAUGGCAAUAUAAUAUAUAAAAGAAACUGUACCCAGGAUCUUUCAGCUUCCCAGAAUCAGCAAGUCUAUGUCUACAACUGGACUGAAUGGAUCGACAACUGUAGGUGGGAAAACUGCACAGGCAACCACAGCCAUAAUGUAUUUCCAGAUGGGAGACCUUUCCCUCAUCACCCUGGCUGGAGGAGGAGGAACUUCAUCUACGUUUUUCACACACUUGGUCAGUACCACCAAACAACUGGGCGAUCUUCAGCAACGCUUUCGGUCAACACAGCAAACAUCACUCUCGGCAAACACGUGAUGGCAGUAUCCAUUUACAGGAGAGGGCACUCGGCGUUCGUCCCGAUUGCAAGAGCCAGUGCCGCUUACGUUGUAACAGACAAAAUUCCCAUAUCUGUGAGCAUGUUCCAAAAACAUGACCGCAACAUCUCAGACUCCAUUUUUAUCCAAAACUCACCAAUCACAUUUGAUGUGAAGAUCCAUGAUCCCAGCUCCUAUCUUAAUAACUCUGCUAUCUCCUACAAGUGGAACUUCGGAGAUGGAAGUGGCUUAUUUGUAGCUGGCGGUUCCAGCACAUCUCACACCUAUACUCUGCAAGGAAACUUCACUCUGAAUUUAACUGUCCAAGCCAUUAUACCUGUACCUUGCAAGCCAGUAACACCCACUGCACCAUCACCCACGUCAGCAGUAACAACUGGAGCAACAACUAAUUCAGAUUCUUCUGCUACCAUUGAGUCAAUGGAGGAUAAUCCUGAUGGAGGUUGCCAUAUUUAUAGAAAUGGAUACUACAGAAGUGAUAUCUCUGUUGUAGAGGGAAUCCUUGAGGUAAAUAUUAUUCAGAUGACAAACAUCCAGAUGACAGCAAGUCAAGCUGAAAACUCACUGGUUGACUUUGUUGUUACCUGCCAAGGGAGUCUCCCUACAGAUGUUUGCACAGUCGUUUCUGACCCCACAUGCCAGGUUUCCAAGAGCAUGGUAUGCGACCCCAUCGCCGUUGCUGAUGAAUGCUUGCUCACCAUUAGGAGAGCUUUUGAGGAACCUGGAACAUACUGUAUAAACAUCACCUUGGGGGAUGAUGCCAGCCAAGCCCUUGCCAGUGCACUGAUUUCUGUAAAUGGAGCAUCAUCAUCAGGAACAACAGAAGGUGUCUUUAUCUUCCUUGGCUUGUUGGCAGUGUUUGCCACCAUUGGAGCUUUUGUCCUUUACAAGAGAUACAAGCAAUACAAGCCUAUCGAGAGAAGUGCAGGACAGACAGAGAACCAGGAGGGAAUAACUGCUUACUUCAGCAAUUUCAAAGCAAUUUUCUUCCCUAGCAGCACUGAGAGAAAUCCUCUGCUGAAAAGCAAACCAGGCAUUGUUUAAACUUUUAGUCUAACACUAUUAGAUUACAUUCACAACACAUAUCUGAACUGUACUCUGAUGGGGUUUUCUUGCUGUUAAAAAACAGGGGCUGAGGUGAAAGCACAUAUAGAUGAGUUGGUAACUUUUGAGGGCUUGGUGCAAUUAGAACUAUCAAAAUAAUCCUUUGUAGGAUGAAGUAGUUUUGAACAUGUGCUCUUCUUGCUUGUGAUCUAGGAUACUCUCUUCUGAAUAACUAACGCAACAUACUCCACCUCCCCAUACUUCUUACUUCUUGGUUAUCUGUUUGCAAAACUAACCAGAUCCAUAAUCUGGAGGAGAAGGAAAAAAACCACUUUUUAAAAAGAAACAACAGACAAGAACUUGUAAAUACUUAGUCCUUAGUCUUAAAUAGACAGUCCAGACCAGCUGUCUAGUGCCUCAGCAGGAUUCAUGCCUUUGCUGGAAAGACAGAUAUAGCAACACAUCUUAGAUCUGUGGAAUCAAAGGUGCCAUGGCUUACUCCCAGGCACUGGAACUGUUCAGGAGGUUCUAGCACAGUCUUGCUCCAGGCAGCCUAGCUCCCACCAAGCAAACACCAGAUUCUGGGAAGAACCAGAUGCACUGUUCCCCAAUGGGAGCUUGGCAGCAGUCACCAUGUUUUGCACGGCUUAAUAGUGUGAAUGCAGCUAAUUACAUGGCAGUUGUCCUCAGGGCCAGAAAACAGAGAUGGACACAUUUAGCUUCCUGAACAUGGCUAACAGUGCGUAAGUCUCGCUAUAAGAAAGACCACA